UGUGCAGUUGGGUUCAUAAGCUCGUCUAAACCCUCUAUCGUAGUACCAUGCAUUUUGUGAAAGACGACGUUGUUAUAUCCGGCAUUGGUGGUUAUUUCCCCAAAGCCUUGAACGUAGAAAAAUUACAAGAACAUCUCCUCAACAAUGAAAAUCUCUUAGAAAGCCGUUGGAAGGCUGGCGAAAGAGGCGUUUCGAAUAAAAUCGGUGUAGUCCCAACUGAAUAUUUUGACAAUGCUUAUUUCGGCAUCCAUCGUCAACAAUGUACUUUCAUGGACCCAAUGCACAGACUCAUACUUGAAAGAACCUACGAAGCGCUUAUUGAUGCCGGUGUUAACCCAAGCGAGGUUCGCGGAAAAAGAAUUGGUUGUUUCAUGGCUUCAUCUCUGGGAGAGAACGACAACUUGUUCUUGGAGUCGGUUGUCAGCGGUUUUGGUGUUACUGGCCAUUCCAGGGCUAUGAUGCCAAACAGAGUUUCAUAUUGGCUUGAUCUUAAAGGACCAAGUGUUGCUUAUGACAGUAACUGGAUUGGAGGUAUUGAAGUUGUAAGACUGGCUUAUGAAGCCAUCAAAACAGGGCAGUGUGAGGCGGUUUUGGUCGGAACAGCUAAUUUAGCUUUGAAUUCGGAGUUUCAGUGGUUGUACAAUGACAUGGGUUUGUUGUCGGCUGAUGGUAGUACUAGGGCUUAUGAUGUCGAUGCUCAGGGUUAUGCAAGAAGCGAUGGUAUUGUCGUUCUGUACAUUCAACGUGCUAGUGAUGCUAAACGUUCUUACGCAAGCAUUGUCAAUGUCGCGACUCAAUUUGACGGCAAUCGUGAAGGAACUCUUCUAGAUAUCGAUUCUAACAACAUGGCUGAAUUUAUUAGCGACUUCUACAAGGACAUAGACGUUGACCCUAAAGACGUCGAGUUUGUUGAAACCUACGGAAGUGCCCUUAAAGAAACAGAUCGUAAAGAAUUGGAUGCUUUGGAGAAAGUCUAUUGCAAGAAUCGCAAAAACCCUCUUCUUAUUGGAACUGUCAAGCCCAACACCGGUCAUAGUGAAGCUUCUGCUGCUCUUUUCAGCAUUGUUAAAGUCUGUAUAGCUAUGGAAGCCGAGACAAUCCCGGCUACAAUUCAAUACAAAACACCAAAUCCAGAAUUAAAACCCUUGGUUAAUGGAAGUAUGGAAAUAGUGACGCAAAAUCGUAAAUGGGGAGUUAAAUAUGCCGCAGUUAACGCUAUUGGGUUGGACUCGUACUACGGACAUAUUCUUUUGAAAGCUAAUCCGAAAAGGAAGGUCAAUGCCCAAGUUCAGGAUGACAUUCCAAGACUUAUUCUUGCUUCCACUCGAACUGAAGCUGGGAUUAAAGAAAUUUUGCAAACUAUCAAGUCUAGAGCCACAAUUGAUCCUGAAUAUAUCAAGUUGAUUCAAGACUUGUACUCUAAACCGAUUUUGGGUCACUUGUAUCGCGGAUAUACGAUUUUGGGAGCCGAGUCUCCAAAAGAAGAAACUGAAUACCAUUUGGGUAACAAACGUCAAAUUUGGUUUGUCUACUCUGGAAUGGGCAGCCAGUGGAGCGGCAUGGCCAGUGAUUUGAUGAAAUUACCAGUUUUUGCUAACGCAAUCAACAAAUGUCACAAAGUCUUACUCGAGAAAGGCAUCAACUUGCUUGAAAUCAUCACGAGUAAAGAUAAAACCAUGUUUGAUAACAUUUUACACUCGUUUGUGGGAAUUGCUGCAAUUCAGAUUGCCUUAACUGAUGUUUUGCGUGCUGUUGGUAUUGUUCCCGAUGGUAUAAUUGGGCAUUCUGUGGGCGAAUUGGGAUGUGCAUAUGCCGAUAAUUGUAUGACAGCCGAACAAAUGAUUUUGUCUGCUUAUUCUCGAGGAAGAGCUUCACUUGAAUCAACUCUUAUUAAAGGAAUGAUGGCUGCGAUAGGAAUGGGGUAUCAGCAAAUUAAAGAUAAAUGUCCCCCUUCAAUCGAAGUAGCGUGUCACAAUGGCCCUGACAGUUCAACAAUCUCUGGUCCAACUGAAGAUAUGGAAAAAUUUGUCAAAGAGUUACAAGAUCAGGGGAUUUUUGCCCGUCUUGUCAAUGUCUCAAAUAUCGCUUACCACAGCAGAUACAUAAAACCAGCAGCUCCAGGUCUUCUCAAAUACCUCAAAGAAGUACUUCCAGAACCUAUUGCUCGAUCCUCAAAAUGGGUCAGUACGUCUAACUCGGAAGAAAAGUGGGAUACAGAACUUGCCAAACAUUCCUCAGCCGAGUAUCACACCAACAAUCUUCUCAGCUCCGUCUUGUUCGAAGAAGGGUUAAAACACAUCCCCAAAGACUCAGUUCUGAUUGAAAUUGCGCCCCAUGGUCUCCUUCAGGCCAUUUUGAAACGCUCGGUCAAGUCUGGUUGUACUAACGUUCCUCUGACUCAAAGAGGGUCAAAAAGUGGAGUUGAAUUUUUACUCUCGGCUUUUGGCAAAUUAUUUUUGGCCGGUUUAGAUAUGGAUAUAUCAAAAUUGUUCCCUCCGGUCGAAUAUCCAGUAAGUCGAGGAACUCCAUGUUUGGCUAAUUUGUCUCAUUGGGAACACAGCGAAGUCUGGAGAACCGGUCUUGAGGAAAAGUUGAAAUCACUUUUUGGCGUCCGAGACUUCCAAGUCACACUAAACAGUGAAGAAUUUCGAGAGUGUGUAGGGCACCAACUUGACGAAAAAAUUAUAUUGCCUUGUACAUCAUAUUUGAGCACCAUCUUCGACAUUGUUGCAAACAUAAGCACCGGACACAAAGAAUUUAUUUUCGAGAAUCUCCACUUUAAGAAAAUGUUAACAGUUCCUAGAAUCGGUUCAGUUGCACUUCACGCUAUGAUUCAGAAGGGAAGUGGUGAUUUUGAGAUAAUCGCCGGGAACGAUAUUCUUGUAACCGGAACUUUGACAUUCCCUAACCCCGCCGAUAAAUUCAUGAUUGAUCCAAUCAAAGUCGAAGUUUCUGACGACAACGUCCGAUUAUCCGGAGCUGACGUUUACAACGAGUUCCAACACAGGGGUCACAAAUACACCGGACAGUACAAAUCAAUUAAGAGUUUAGUUGUUUCCGAAAAUGGAUCAGUCGCCGUCGCUCAAUGGAACAACAAAUGGAACAUGUUUGUUGAAGCUAUGAUUCAACAACAUUUGUUCCAAGAUGGAGAACGCUCUCAACAAAUAUAUGUUCCGAAGAAUAUUCACAAGAUUGUGAUCAACAAAGAGCUUUUGCCUAAUGAUAAAACCGAUUUAGAAGUGCAUUAUGAUUUUGCGACCGGUUUGAUCACUUGUGAUGGUAUUCAAGUUGUUGGUCUCAAAGCUGUUCCGUUCCCCAAGGACCCGAAACCAAUUUCAUUUGAUUCAAUUGAGUUUACUCCGUUUAAUAUGACCAACUUGCCGAGCAUUGAAAACGGCAUCAAUUUAGCUCUUCAACUCACUUUGGAAAACUUCUCAGAACAAUUUGUCACUACAAUCAGUAUCAACGAAAUCGAAAGUAACAAUCCGCCUCUUUUGGAGAAUAUCCAAAAUGUUUGCAACAUGUAUUCAAAACUGAAUAGCACUGUAACAUCAGUCAAAGACCCCCAAACCAUUGAUUUGCAAGUCUCUUAUCCCUUCUUUAUUGUUUUAAAUGACACAAUUAACGACGAAGUUGCUAAAAUAACAGCAGCAUCUCACGGUUUCCUUCUACUACGUUCAAGCAAACAAAUUUUAGCUUACCCUCAAAUAGCACAAGUGGCACAAUUUAGUGUUAACGGAGUUGAAUACUCUAUUUUGCGCCGUGUUAAAACCAUCCAACCGUUAAUAGUCACAGUUAAAGGAGAUACUUUAAGCAUUAAAGACUUAUCAAGAACUUCAGCUUCUUGGGUCAAUGAAUUGGAUUCAACAGUAGAAGCGGCCAAAGCCAAAAAAGCGAGUGUUUAUCUAGUCUCGUCUUUACUUCCAACUGAGGGGAUGCACAAUUUUGUUGAAGAGUUACUCUCAACGCCGAAAAUGUCCGGAGUUCGUGUUCUUUUUGUCCUAGAUAGACGAAUUGGAAACGUUAACGUUAAAGAUCCCCAGUUGCAAGAAAUCUUUAAACUUGAUUUGGUUUUAUCUGUUAUUAAAGACGGAACUUUAGGUUCAGUCUUGCCAGUACCAGUAAAACUCAAAACCAACAUUCAAAACAAUCUUGGUAUCACUAGUAAUGCUAUAAAAAAUAAAAUCAUCAAUUAUGUCGGUAUUAACUUGAAAGACGAGACAGUUUUGCCAGUGAAUGAGAAAAAGAAAGAGUUGGGAAAUAUUGACUAUUCUGGAGUUACAACCGGUGGUCAAAAAGUGAUGGGUCUUGCCCAACUCGAUAAAGAUUUGUGCCAACUGGUCCCUGACUCAAUCCUAUCAUGGGAUGUUCCUGAUAAAUGGAGUCUGGAAGAAGCUGCUACAAUUCCACAUGCCUAUGUCAGCGCAUAUUAUUGCCUCUUUGAAAAAGCUUGGUUAAAAUCUGGUGAAACUGUUCUUAUUCAUGCUGGUUGUACAGCUAUUGGGUUAGCUGCAAUUUCGAUUGCUGCCAGCUACGACUGCAAAAUUUACACAACUGUAGCAACAGAAUGGCAGAGGAGUUUCCUCAAGAAACAAUUUGACUGCUUAAAAGAUGAAAAUAUUUUGAGUUCAGAAGAUUCAAGCUUUGAGCCUUUGCUACUUAUGGCAACUGGCGGUGUUGGUGCUCAUGUAAUUAUAAAUUGUCUUUCUGGCCAUCUUCUUCAGUCUUCAGUUGGGUGUCUCGCAGAGUAUGGUAGACUAAUUCAGAUUGGUCAGCAUGACUGCGAAGAAAAUAAUAGCAUUGGAAUGAGCGUAUUUUUGAAAAAUACGUCAUUCUUUGUGGUUAAACUGGAAAACAUUUUCUUGGAGUCGACUGAAGUAAAACAAGACAUUAGGAAUAUGGUACAGAAGGGUAUUGAGGAUAAAAUUGUGAGACCAAUUAAUCGAAAAGUUGUCGAGCAUUACAACAUUGUCGAGAUUUUAAAUUCGCUAAGUCAGUCCGGACAUGUUGGCAAAAUCCUGAUCAAAAUCAACAACAAUUUAUUUUUAAACAAAUUCAUUUUAAAUAAUCCUUCUCAAUUUAUUUGCGACUCGAAGAGUUCUUAUUUGGUUUAUGGUGGAUCUGCUGAACAAUGGAGUGAUGCUGUUGAAUGGCUCGUCUUCCGAGGAGCACGCAAAAUCGUCGUUUCUUCUGAUUCUAAACCCCAACAAAUUUAUGUCAAUCGACGCCUUUCUCUGCUUCAAUCAUGUUACUCUGCUGAUAUUAUCUAUGCUCCUCCUAAAGCCCACACCAAGGAAGGUGCUACCGAAUUGUUGACAGAAGUUUACCACUUAGGCCCCGUCCACUGUGUUUUCUUACUUCCUGUCAAAUCAAACGACUCUAGAAUCAGCAAAAUUAAACCGAUCCAAUAUAUUGAUAACGCUUUGCGAACUAUUGCACCUAAAGCGAUUCUUAUCAAUUUUGUUAACCACGCUGCUGGCAUUUGCCAAUUCCGGUCUGAAGCCAACUUCCCUUCGUAUAACAUUCAGUGGCACAAGGAUUUGGAAUUUGGUGAAGUUAUGUUUGGUUUGGACGAAAUUUUGACCUACAACGUGAGAGAUAUUCUUAUCAAGAAUGAUAAAGUUAGUGACUCUCAUCAAGAAACGACACAAUCACUUUUCAAAAAGUUGACUCUCAUUUUGCCCAACUCUUUGGAAGAUUUUAUUGAAGAAACAAAAUCAGCCCCAGCUAAACCACAACUGAUUCAAAUGCGUACUCUUGGACCUCGGGAAAUCAGAGAACUUGCACCUGUUUUCAUAAUUCCUGGACUUUCUGGUUUUAAGGAAAUGAAUGAAAUGGCCUUCCAGUUGCUGUAUCCUACGUUUUGUGCAGUUUUACCUGCGACUCCUAUGCCCAUCAAAGAACUGGCUCUUGAUUUAGUUGAACAAAUUAAAAAAGUGUGGCCUAAAGGCGCCUACAACAUCAUCGGAGUUUCAUGGGGAGGUGCGCUCAUGGUCGAAAUUGCGAAAAUUUUGGACAAACAAGGGGCUAGUCUGCAUCUCUAUUUCAUCGAUGCGGCUCCUACGACUUUGCAAGCUGCCGUUAAACAUCUAGGCGAAAAUGUAACCAGCAUUGAAACGAACUUAUUAACCCGAGUUCUUAAAAUUAACGAUGCCGAGGUUGUUAAAAAGAUCGAAGAGGCACCUAGUUGGGAUUCUCGCAUCAAAUUGGCUUUAGACUACUUUGAAGGCCAUUUGUCUGACAAAAAGGCCUUAGGGCAAGGAUUGUUCACCUUAAAAACCCAUUUGCAAAAUUUGUUGUCCUUCAGUCCAUCUGAGGAAUUAGUUUCGGGACAAAUUCAUCUAAUUAGACCGACUGGGACGAGUAAAUAUGAUAAUUGCGGAUUAGUUUCGUACUGCAAACAAACGCCUCAAAUUACUUUGGUUAAUGGGGAUCAUUUGAGUAUCAUUAAUAGUCCUGUGACUACGGAAUACAUCAACGAGAAACAUUAUUUGAUAUAAUUUUGAAAUUUUCUGUAACAAUUAUGAAAUAAAUGAUUGGAAAAAA